AUGCCCGUUACAAAGAGGGCCGCGGUCCCCUUCUCCCUCUCCCUGCAGCGCCCUCUGCUGGUGGCCUGCGAGCCCUUCCGCUCCUUCCUGGAGAAGUAUUGCCCCAUCGUGAGCGAGACCUUCUACCCCACCCCGUGGUGCUUUGAGGGCCGGCUCCAGACCAUCGUCCAGGCCUUCCUGAAGUCCUGCCCCCCUGUUUCCUACCACAGUGAGGUUCUUCGGACCCCUGAUGGGGGGCAGCUGUUGCUCGACUGGGCUGAGGAGGAGCGGGGCGGCCCCCACCACCCUGCCCCAGAGGCCUGCCCCAUUGUCCUCUUCCUGCCAGGCCUGACUGGGAACAGCCAAGAGGCCUACAUCCUGCACAUGGUGCAGAGCACCCGGCACCAGGGCUACAGGGCUGUCGUGUUCAACAACCGAGGAUGCAAAGGGGAGGAACUGCUGACUCCCCAGGCUUUCUGCGCAGACAGCACCGAAGACCUGGAGUUGGUGGUGGGCCACAUCCGGAGGGAGUUCCCCCGAGCGCCCCUGAUGGCCGUCGGUGUUUCCCUGGGCGGGAUCCUGGUACUCAACUACCUGAGUCAGAAGGGGCCCGAGGCUGGCCUGGCGGCUGCGAUGGCCUGCUCCGUUUCCUGGGACUCCUCUGAGGCCAUCUCUUCGCUGGAGAGUCCGCUCAACCGGGUCCUCUUCAACCAGCGCCUCACCGCCAACCUGCGCCAACUCGUUCGGAGACACAAGAAGGUCCUUGCGGAAAAGCUGGAUGUGGAGCAUGUGCUGAAGGCCCGCAGCAUCCGGGAGUUCGAUGAGCGCUUCACAGCUGUGGCCUUCGGCUAUACCUCCUGCGAGGAGUAUUACCGGAAAACCAGUCCCUGCUGGAAGGUGGACCGGAUCCGUGUGCCCGUGCUGUGCCUCAAUGCCUCUGAUGACCCCUUUUCCCCUCAGCAUGCCAUUCCCCUGGAGGCAGCAAAACGGGUGCCCGGCCUGGCGCUCCUGGUGACGGCACGAGGGGGCCACAUCGGCUUCCUGGAGGGCCUGCUCCCUCGCCACCAGAGCUACAUGGACCGCGUCUUCGCCCAGUUUGCCGGAGCUGCCUUCGAGCAUCGGGACGAACUGGCUGCUGCCGUGGCGGCCGGAGGGGCCCAGCGGGACUCCGAGCAGGAUUCCGGCAGCAAGAAUCCGAGCUCAUGAGCAGAGAGCCCUGUGCAUGUGUGCACGCAUGCAUGCACGCACGCGCACACAAAGAAGCACCAGCUCCAGUCCACGCCCAGAGAAGCCCUUGCAGGGAAGGGUCUGAGGGCUGGCAGCCUUGGCAACACGCCCGGUCCGGCCAGGCUCAGUUGCCACAAAAGGGUGACCACGAGAUCUUUGUAUCCCAAGAGGAACUAUAUUAAACAACAAAGGACCUCACAAGACACAUCACAAUUCUAAAUAAAGGGGUUUCAUGCAUUCAG